ACCCACCAUGCACCGCGAUCACCCGGGCAACAUCCGCCAUCUUGGAACAACAACCCGGCGCGAGUCAACAAAGUUAUCUGUCACUUUUGUGUGUAAUUUGGACAAUUUUGGCGCCUUUUGGGUAAAAAAUGUCGGACGCGUCUGAUUUUGAAGGGGACGAGGGGGGAGAGGAGCCUCCAAUGGAGUCUGGGGAAGAAGGAGACGCUCCUCAAGAUGAAGACGAAGACGUGGAGAAGGAAGAAGGCGAGGAUGAGGGGGAGGGGGUGCAAGUGGAGGACCAACAAGAAGAAGAAGAGAAACUUCCUGAGCACCCCUUGACAGAAGAGAUGUUAGGAGACUGUCUAUCCCUGCUGUGUAAGACUGGGAACGGCCUGGCACACGCAUAUGUCAGACUGGACAUACAUGAAAGAGAAAUCACUGACAUCAGCAUCCUGAAAUCCUUCAUCCACCUGCGGUACGUGGACGUGUCCGCUAACCUCCUCCGCGACGUCUCGGCGCUGAACUCCCUCACGCACCUGCUGACCCUUAAGGCGGACAGGAACCUUCUUAAGACUGCCGCUCUAGACGAGCUGCCGUAUCUUCAGAUGGCCAGCUUCACCAACAACAAGAUCAACACUACAGAGGGGAUCAACCAUCCACUAUUGGAGACACUCGUGUUGUCUUAUAAUGAGAUUAAGAUUGCUAGCGGGCUGGACCCAGGAAAACUGCGAAACCUGCACACACUGGAGCUGAGAGGGAACCGGCUGGAGUCCACUAACGGCAUCUACCUGCCUAACCUCAAGAACCUCUUCCUGGGGGCGAACAUGAUCAAGCGAGUGGAGGGCCUGGAGCGGCUGGAGAAGCUGACCACGCUCCAUCUCCGUGACAACCAGAUCGACACGCUGGACGGGUUCGCCGAGUCCAUGAAGUCCCUGCAGUACAUCAACCUCAGAGGAAACAACAUGACGAGUGUGAAGGAGGUGAAGAAGCUGACAGUCCUGCCCAUGCUCAGAGCUCUUGUCUUCCUGGAAUGCCCGGUGACGGAGGAAGACGACUACCGAAUCGAGGUUCUGAUCGCUCUGCGGAGAAUCGAGCGGCUGGACAAGGACGAGUACACGGAGGACGAACGGCAGGAGGCCGAGGAAAUCUACGAGCAGAGGAGACAGGAGGAGCAGCCUCCGGAGGGUGCAGAAGAAGUGAUAGAGGAUCAGGAUGAUGCAGAUGCAGACUGA